CGGUGCACCAGAUUCUCCCGAAACUUUUUGUACUUUAGGGGCCGGGGGGUGCUUUGCUACUUGUGUUUCCCUUACUUUUCAACAGCUGCAGAGCUCAAAUAACCUCUCCAAGACUCCUGGGAAUACACUGGCAAUUGCAUGGAGGCGACGUAGAGAGUUUCAUCCUGCAGCAGCUGCAGCGAGACUGCCCGGUCACUCAUGAGCACCCAAGGAGGAGAGCCAGAGAUGGAUGACUGCCUGGAGACGCUGAAAGAUGAGGAGGAGGCUUUGUGGGAGAACGUGGAAUGCAACCGGCACAUGCUGAGCCGGUACAUCAACCCGGCCAAACUGACCCCCUACCUGCGGCAGUGCAAGGUCAUCGACGAGCAGGACGAGGAUGAGGUGCUCAACUCGCUUAUGCUGCCCUCCAAAAUUAACAGAGCAGGCCGACUGCUGGACAUCCUCCACACCAAGGGCCAAAGGGGCUACGUGGUUUUCUUAGAGAGCCUGGAGUUUUACUACCCUGAGCUCUACAAACUGGUAACAGGAAAAGAACCUACACGGAGAUUUUCCACAAUUGUUGUGGAGGAGGGACACGAAGGCCUUACCCAUUUCCUGAUGAAUGAGAUCAUUAAGCUCCAGCAGCAAGUGAAGACGAAGGACAUGCAGCGCUGUGAACUCCUGGCCAAGUCUCGGCAGUUGGAGGAUGAGCGAAAGCAGCUCAAGCUGAACAAGAUCGAGCUGCUGACCUUCCAGGAGAGGUACAACAAGAUGAAGGAGGAGAGGAACAACUACAACGAUGAGCUGGUCAAGGUGAAGGAUGAGAACUACAACCUGGCCAUGAGAUACGCCCAGCUGAGUGACGAGAAGAGCAUGGCUGUGAUAAGGAGCCGAGACCUCCAGUUAGAGAUCGACCAGCUGAAGCACCGCUUGAACAAGGUGGAGGAGGAGUGCAAGCUGGAGAGGAACCAGUCUUUGAAGCUGAAAAAUGACAUUGAAAACCGGCCCAAAAAGGAACAGGUUCUGGAGCUGGAGCGGGAAAAUGAGAUGAUGAAGACUAAAAUCCAGGAGUUACAGUCCAUCAUUCAGGCUGACAAGAGGAGUUUGCCAGAUUCGGAUAAAGCCAUUCUGGAUAUUCUGGAACACGACCGUAAGGAGGCACUGGAAGAUCGUCAUGAGUUGGUCAACAAGAUCUUUAAUCUCCAAGAGGAGAUCCGUCAUGUCGAGGACCUGAGAGACAAGUACCUUGAGGAGAAAGAGGAUUUGGAGUUGAAGUGCUCAACACUAGGAAAAGACUGUGAGAUGUACAAGCACCGUAUGAACACUGUGAUGAUACAGCUGGAAGAGGUGGAAAAGGAGCGAGACCAGGCGUUCCGCUCGCGCGACGAGGCCCAGACACAGUACUCGCACUGUCUGAUCGAGAAGGACAAGUACAGGAAGCAGAUCCGAGAGCUGGAGGAGAGGAACGACGAGCUCCGGAUCGAGGUGGUUCGGAAGGAGGCGUGUAUUGUCAACCUGGAGUGCAAACUCCGGCGGCUCUCCAAGGACAACAACUUCCUCGACCAGAGUUUGCCACGGAAUCUACCCAUUACCAUUAUCUCCCAGACCUUCGGGAACUCCAGCCCAAAAGCCAACGGUCAGGAAGCCGAUGACUCCUCCACUUCUGAAGACUCUCCAGAAGACAACAAAUUCUUCUUGCCUGAUCAAGCUCGUCUCAAGAGAAGACUGAAUCUAAAGGGAAUCCAGAUAAGUCCAAGAGCUAAAUCCCCUGUCAGCAUGAACAAAACAUCAGAGUUUCAAGCAGUGAGAGCGCAGGACGAGGACGGGGCCGACGGCAGCAACGGCCGCACGGACACGAGUUCUUCUGUCUCCAUCAGCAGCUGUGAAGUCAGCAAGAUUCAGGCGCUGAGGAAUCGCAACGACAGCAUCAUGUCGACCACUCCUGAGCCUCCGGGAAACGACUCCAUAGUCCGGCGGUGCAAGGAGGACGCCCCUCACUGCAGCCUGGUUGAAGAGGACAAUGACAGCUUUGGAUGUGAUGCUUUGGAGCUGGAUGAUGACAGUCAUGACAGGCAGUCACACGGAGCUCCUUCAGUGCACUCUUCCUCUUCUUCUCAUCAGUCAGAAGGCCUGGAUGCCUAUGACCUUGAGCAUGUCAACUCCCUGUUUAGGAAGUUCUCUCUGGAAAGGCCCUUUCGUCCCUCUGUCACCUCCGUGGGCCGCCUCAGGAACUCGUGCCACGCCAUCCAGCGCGUGACGCUGAACGGGGACAGCCUCAACUCCGAGAUCACCCUGGUGGGGGGCAACGACAGAGGCAGCUUCAUCAGCUCUGUCAAGACAGGAUCACCUGCAGAGAAAGCUGGGCUUCGGGAGGGCCACCAAAUCCUCCUGUUGGAGGGCUGCAUUAAAGGGGAAAAUCAGAGUGUUCCCUUGGAUACUUGCACAAAGGAAGAAGUUCACUGGACAAUUCAGAGGUGCAGUGGUCCAGUAACACUCCAGUAUAAAUCAAAUCAUGAAGGGUACAGGAAGCUGCUGUCAGAGCUGGAGGAAGGGCUGAUCACAUCGGGGGACUCGUUCCACAUCCGCCUGAACCUGAACAUCUCCAGCCAGCUGGACUGCUGCUCGCUGUCCGUGCGGUGUGACGAGAUCGUUCACAUCCUGGACACCAUGUACCAGGGCAGGUGUGAGUGGCUCUGUGCCAGGGUGGAUCCGUUCACGGACAGGGACCUGGAAAUGGGGACCAUCCCCAGCUACAGCAGAGCCCAGCAACUCCUUUUGGUGAAGCUGCAGCGGUUGAUGCAAAGAGGAAGCAAAGAUGAGACAGAAAACUCCUACAACACCCUUCGGGCACUCCGGAAUACAUUGCAGCCAGAGGAGCCUGCCCAGCCCAAUGACCCAAAAACCAGCCCUCGCCUGUCCAGAGCCAGCUUUCUUUUGGGCCAGAUUUUACAGUUUGUCAGUAGGUCUGAAAACAAAUACAAGCGCAUGAACAGCAACGAGCGCGUCCGCAUCGUCACCGGCUGGCCCUCCGGUCUGGCACGCACCUCCUCGGAAGCAAAGAGGCAGUUGCCUGAGAAACUAGAAGAUCUGGAUUCUGAAAGUGAAAUCAAUAAGAAGCUCAGUCUGAUCCCCUAUAGCCUGGUGAGGCCCAUCCACUGUGAGCGCAGGCGCCCCGUGCUUUUCACCCCCACCAUGCUCGCCAAGCCCUUGGUACAGAAGCUUCUCAACUCUGGAGGUGCCCUGGAAUUCAACAUCUGCAAGCCAGACAUUGUAACAAAGGAAGAGUUCUUAAGGAAGCAAAGGACAGAGACUGUCAUCUUCAGCAGAGAAAAGAAUCUGAACACGUACGAAUGUAUUGUACCUGCCAAUAUCGAGGCUGUCACUGCCAAGAACAAGCAUUGUCUCCUGGAGGCUGGAAUAAGCUGCACAAAGGAUUUAAUCAAAGCCAAGAUAUAUCCUAUUGUUCUCUUUAUCAGAGUCUCAGAGAAAAACAUCAAGAGAUUCAGGAAACUACUGCCAAAGCCGGAGGCUGAGGAUGAGUUUUUACGUAUGUGCCGUCUGAAGGAGAAAGAGCUGGAGGCGCUGCCCUGCCUUUAUGCCUCUGUGGAGGCAGAUGCUUGGAGCAGCAUUGAGGAUCUCAUCCGAACAGUAAAAGACAGGAUCAUAGAGGAGCAGCGGAAAACCAUCUGGGUGGAUGAAGAUCAGCUGUGAAAAAAACAGUGGGUGAAAUGGAACUCCUUGGCGACCAAAGGACACGCCCAGGUGGAGCGGGGGUUCCCAGAAUUCUCUGUUAGGUGCCCAGAGCUCACUCCUGUUUCACCCUUGCUGGCUGAGGAUGCAUGUAUGGAAUGGAACUGGAGCUGUGUUGAAGAGCCUGGGUGCUGGGAUCCAGGCUGUGGGUCAGGCCACAGCCACCGCCACAACUCCUGAUCCACCAGCACCUCCUAAGGGACAGCAGAUGUUUAACCCAUGAGAACAAAGAUACUGAGAGGGAGUUGGGGGUAAUUUAUUACGUUAAAAAAAUAUGGAUCUCAUUUGGCUCAAUGAAAACAUCUGAUGAGACCAAGUAAGUGGAAUCUGAGAGGAAUAAAGCGUGGGGAUUGGGCUACAGGAUGUGGAA